AUGGCAGCAUUAUUCACAAGCCACAAGGCCCCUCCGCCAACAGAUGUGUGUUUGCCCAGUCAAGGCCGCAGGAAGGAAUGCCGCACGCCACUACGACGCAGCAGACUCCAUCGGUCGCUCCUAAUGCCUGAGGGAACAUUAGCUCCAGCAAGCGGCCCGCACAGACGCUUUAAGACCUCUCUCACGCCUUGUCCUCCAAGCCAGUUCUCAAGCCAGCUUCCUCAACAAGCGGGGUCACGUUUGUCUUAA